GAAUGGUUUGUUGAAUGGGGAUAGUGCGUGUCUGAAGAAAACCGGCAGGAAAGAGGAAGUCAUUUAUAGAAAGCCUGAAGAAUUCUAGGCUUUUGUAAUAUCAUAGAAUUAAUAAUAUUGAUAUUUUAUAUAAAAAUGUUGUAUCUAAGUGGUCUUUUGAUAGCCUUGGCGCUGGCUCUUAUACCAAGCAAUAGCGAGGCUAGUUUAAAGGAGGGAGAAUGUGAAGUGUGUAUCAGUUUUAUGGGGAGAUUGUACCAGUCUCUGAAAGAUGAUGACAUCAAAUUCACAUCAGCAGACAUCGAAAAGGCAUUGGUGAAAAAAUGUAAGGAUGCCAAGGGCAAAGAGAACAGACUGUGCUAUUACAUUGGAGCAACAAGUGAUGCGGCCACCAAAACCAUCAAUGAAGUUACUAAACCUUUGAGUUACCAUGUUCCUGUGGAAAUAAUCUGUGAGAAGCUGAAGAAAAAAGACAGCCAGAUAUGUGAACUCAAAUAUGAUAAACAAGUGGACCUGAGCACAGUGGACCUGAAGAAGCUGAAGGUGAAAGACCUGAAGAAGAUCUUGGAGGAGUGGGGAGAAUCCUGCAAAGGGUGCGCUGAGAAGUCUGAUUUCAUCCGCAAAAUCAAUGAACUCAUGCCAAAGUAUGCUCCCAAUGCAGCCAGUGCAAGGACAGAUCUCUGAUUCAAUUCUUACUCAUGAGGAGCAAAAGCAGAUUCUGAGAAUAUGGACUAUCCAACAGAGACUUGUAUUUCCAUAGUUUCUUGCUGAAGGGAUACGCUUUUUAUGACAGAGGUAUCUUCUAUUUUGGGUGGUGAAUAUUAUGAAAAGAACUGGUUCUAAAGCCAAAUUGAAUCUGUCCUUUUACAGUAAAAAUUGUUUGUAUGAUUUUUUUUUUUUUUUUUUUAAACAAAAAGAACCUGGCAAAGACCUCUCCUUUACUGAAGUUCCUAAAACUGUUUUGAGAAAAGCUGUGGAAUGAACAUUACUAAAAAACAACAAAAACAAAAAAAACA